AUGGGUUUGGAGGCAUUUGUUUGGUAUUGUCGACCUAUGGCAAAUGGGGUUUGGGCAAAGAAAGUGGAUAGUGGAUUUGGUGCUUACACACCAUGUGCCAUUGACUUCCUAGUCAUUUGCAUUUCUCAUCUGGUUCUUCUAGGCCUGUGUUUGUAUCGAAUAUGGCUGACUAUUGACAACAAUUCCAAAGCUGAAAGAUAUUGUCUCAGGAGAAAUUACUAUAAUUACAUGCUGGGUUUUUUGGCUGCUUAUUGCACAGUUCAGCCUUCAUUAAGGUUGUUCAUGGAUGUCUCAAUCUUCAAUCUGGAUGGCCAGACUGCCCUUGCUCCCUUUGAGAUGGUCUCCUUGAUUGCUGAAGCCCUUGCCUGGUGUUGCACUCUUAUUAUGAUUGGUUUGGAAACAAAAAUAUACAUUCGACAAUUCCGAUGGUAUGUGCGGUUUGGAGUCAUUUAUGUGUUGGUAGGGGAAGCCGCAAUGCUCAAUGUCAUACUGUCAGUGAGUGAUUACUACAGUAGGGCAGGGAAAUCUUUUAAAGUUGGAGUUUGUGAAAAUGACAUGAAAGCUGCAGUUGUUUUGGCUGUGUUGAUACUCAUCAACUUAUCUUUGUUAGGUUUCUCUAAUGUUGGUAAAGUGGGGGAGUCGACAAUGCCAUGGAUAUUAAUUUUGUUUGGGGUUCUUCUACUUGGUUAUAUCCCCAAUUUGGAUCCUUAUCCAAAUUAUGUUCUGAUGGAACCUCAGUCUCUUGAUAAUGGUGAAUAUGAAGCACUUCCUGAAAGAGAGCAAAUAUGUCCUGAGAGGCAUGCCAAUUUAUUUUCUAGUAAGUAG